GGAGGAAAUUGCCAAACCCCUUUGUCUAAUAGUAAUGUAGGUUUGACUCUUUACUUCUAGUUAUUAGUCAACAAAUACAUAAAGUUCAUAUGCUCAAUGUUACAUCAUAGGCAACUGAAAAGCAAGUGAGCGCUGAGGAAUCAAACUCAAUUUAUAUUGGCUACUAACCAUCUCCAGAAAGGUCAGUAGCAAACAGUUCAUGGAGCACAUUCUGAUAGGAAAUUUUUUCAGUCCAAAAAUUUAGACCAGUUCUAAUCACUCAAGCACCAUAAGUAUUUAUAAGGCCGUACUGUCCUUUACACCACUCUGGCAAAGUAAAGGAGCCUUAAAAUGUUUACACCUGUUUUUACUAGGGUGACCAGACAGCAAGUGUGAAAAAUCGGGACAGGGGGUGGGGGGUAAUAGGAGCCUGUAUAAGAAAAAGAUCCAAAAAUCGGGACUGUCCAUAUAAAAUCGGGACAUCUGGUCACCCUAGUUUUUACACUCCUGGGGGAAUUCACAAAGACAAUGGGAAGAAUUCACUAAGCAGCCAGGCUCUUACAUUCUGUUCUGUCUGAGGAGACAGAGCCUACCCCAUGCCUACCUCCUCAGAAACACCCCAAAGCCCUGCCCUUGCACAUCGAGCAUACUGCAAUAGCGAGUGAGAGGGACAAUGUGCGUCUUUCUCUCUCUCUCUCUCUCACACACACACACACACACACACACAGAGCUCAGCCCCCUGGAGGUGAUUUAUGUCUCUACCAGCUGCUCCUGGUGCCCAAACCACCCUGCCUGCACUUCUUCAGAAGGGCAUGUUUGCAGCUUCCCUUUGCUUCCCCAUCAGAAGUCAUUUUUCUGUGACGAAGCAAAGAAAUCUGCAGGAGACAUGAAUUCUGCAGCAGUGAUGCAGAACUCCCCCAGGAGUAUACUUAAAUGCAUGCACAGCACCUAUGCAAUCAAGAGUACUCAUGUGUUCCCAGUCAGGCAAGUGCUUAAGUCCCUUGCUGAAUGGGAGCCUGAGGACUACAAUUCCCAUCAUGCACCACGGGAACAAGACUACAGCUCCCAUCAUACAUAGGGGUGGCUAGUGACUACAGCUCCCAUCAUGCAUCAGGGUAGGGGGAAAGACGAGAACAUCUAACUCCAGCAUAGAUAAAUGGUGUAAUUCCCAUGAUGCCCCUGUGAGAGCCGAGGUGCCCUUCGGCGGUUAGCCGGAGACUCCAAAUCCCGUCAGUCCCUGCGCGCAGGACUCCAUUUUCCGUGAUGCACCGGGCCACACUCCCUCUAUCGGCCGGAGGGUAUCUGCGGCGCAUGCGCGCUCCUCCCGAACUUGUGGAGUUCGGGGUGCGCCGCCAUCUUGUCACGGUCUCAGCCAGCGCUGUGUAAGCGAUGGGGGAGGAGGGGUCUGUCUCUUAAAGGGGACACGGCCCUAGGGUGGGCCCUCCCCUCCUCGGGGUAAGCUCGGGGAAAGGGGUGGGGGGCUCCGGGUCAGGCUCGGGGGUACGGAGCGGGACCCGGUGCUGCCCCCAUCCCGCGCUCUGCCCCGACGGGCCCACUUUAAGGCAGGCAGCAUCCUUGGUGGGAGGAUGGAGCAGAGGCGGCAGGGCCGCCAGCGGGCCUCUGAGUGCAUCCGCAAACAGAAGCGCAAGGAGCUGGACGCCCGGCGCAGCAAGUGCCGCAUCCGCAUCGGGGGCCACUUGGAGCAGUGGUGCCAGCUCAAGGAGCAGCUGGGCUUCUCCCUGCACUCCCAGCUGGCCAAGUACCUGAUCGACAGGUACACUUCCCAGGGCUGCGUGCUGAGUGCAGGGCAGGGUGGCUCAGAUCCCAGCACUCUCCCCACAGAUGCCCUGCAGCGCCUGGUCGUCCUGUCUCAUGUUCACAGCCAGGAAUGCAGCUUUAUCCCCAAUGUGAAGACCCCCUCACCAGGCGACAAGGGGGCCCCAGGGAGUCUAGUGUGGGAGUGCAUGGCUGGACACACCUUCUCCUGGGGCCCCCCUCCACCGGAAGAGCAGGGCUGUUCCCCACCGGGAGAUAGUUCACAGCCUGGCAAAGGUGCUUCCCGGCGCAAGAAGGAAAGAGGGGCCAGCUCAGGGCCUAGCCCACCACCUUCCCCAGUUACCAGCCGCAGGCGCUCACUCCGCAGGGCAGCGCUUGCCCAGGACUCCUCUGGGACGAUGGUUAAGGUGGAGCCCAACCCCCUUGGGGACAGUGGGGUGGUGGAGAGAAUGGCAGCUCCAUCAUCCACCAGCAGCAUGGACCACGGCGGAGAACUAGGAGCAGGAAGCUCUGACACUGAUGCAGCUCCCCUCCCUACAGAGGCAGAGGCUGGCAUGGAAGGGAUAGAGCCGGAGAGUACACCAGGAUUGGAGGAUAAACCAGAGGAGGUGCCUGAGCCCAAAGAGGAUGAGGAUGAAGACUUCACCGAAGAAGAUGACCUCACUUACACUGACGACCUGCGAGAUGAGAAUUACCACCCCUCGCUGGACGGUGACUCCGAGCUGAAAAGAGAGCAAAGCCAGACCAAGAGCUGCAAGAGACCCAUGAAGGGUGCGCAGCUGCCUACUGAGACGAGUCCAGCCAACGGCAGCCCCUCUGAGGAGAAGGCGGUGCAGUCCAGCCGCAAAAAGCGGGGACAGCCAAGCGACAAGGAUGUGGCCCAGAUCGGCCCCAAGAGAAUCAGGAAGGCAACCAAGCGCGAGAUGCUCCUGUGCGACUUCGAGGGCUGCGGCAAGAUCUUCUCCAACCGCCAGUACCUGAACCACCACAAGAAAUACCAGCACGUGCACCAGAAGACCUUCACCUGCUCCGAGCCCAGCUGCGGCAAGUCCUUCAACUUCAAGAAACAUCUGAAGGAGCAUGAGAAGCUGCACAGCGAUAAACGGGAUUACAUCUGUGAGUACUGCGCCCGCCCCUUCCGCACCAGCAGCAACUUGAUCAUCCACAGACGCAUCCACACGGGGGAGAAACCCAUACAGUGUGAGAUCUGCGGCUUCACCUGCCGUCAGAAGGCCUCCCUCAACUGGCAUAUGAAGAAGCAUGACGCUGAUUCCUUCUACCAGUUCUCCUGCGACAUCUGCGGCAAGAAGUUUGAGAAGAAGGACAAUGUCACCGCGCAUAAGAGCAAGAGCCAUCCCGAGGUGGCUGCCGGGCCGGCCCAGCCCACGCCGGAAAUGCCAGAACCCGGCCACCAGGAUGUGCCAUCCCCGCUCCCGACCCUCGCUGAGGAGACACCGACUGAGGACCACCCGGAUGUGCCGUGCCCACUUGCCACAGAGCAGCUGGAGAUCCCUGCACUGAGCCUUUGCAAGAUGGAGAAGGCAGAAGGGCCGGUGUCCUCCAUUGCAGCCUCUGCCGAAUAAUGGGCCACACCAACCAGGAUCCGGGUCUGACCAGCACUUGGGGGCUGAGCCACGGGGGAUGUCGGCAGAGAUGAUCCCAGCAGGAUCCUGCCUUCCAGCUGGAGUCUGCUGAGAGUGGGACAUAAAGCAGUUAGCAGAGGGGCUGGGAUAAUGACUGAACCGUGGCGGGAGACUGUAGUAGCAGAUCUGAAAUCCUGUCCAGGCACUGAGAGUAUGGGGACAGGGAGGCAAACCCCUGCAGCCAUGCGCAGCCUCCCCACACCACAGUCAGUAGAGCGCAGACUCUCUGUGGGCCCAGAGGACUGUGAUACCAGGCAAAGGGCCUCACCUUCUCUGGGGCAGGGGGAUUCUGAAGAAAGAUCCUGAGGUUCGCCCUCCCCAGGAACAGGCCUCAGUUUUACUACUCUUGGCUUCAGGGUUUUGGACAAAUCUUCAAUAAAGAAUUAUUUUGUGUAAUGCC